AUGGCUAGCCGGCGGCAGCCCUCUCUAUUGCGACUCCUCUUCUGGGUGACAGUCUUCGAGUCGACACCACUUGUUUUGUCCACUUCGAAUCACGGCAGAUCUCAAGAGCCGUUAUGGUCUUUCGUAGACCCUUUGAUCGGUACCGUGGGCCCAAAACCUGGUUCCGCUAUCGCAGGCGGUAAUUCAUUCCCCGGCGCAAGUUUGCCUUGGGCAAUGGCGAAACCCGGCAUUGAUACGAGCUAUAUCGGGCUUCCGAAUGGUAGUGCAGUGGACGCCAAUGCCGGAUACACGCCUCUGGGAAAUGUAACAGCCGUGAGCAUGACUCACGUCAGUGGAUCCGGCGGAGCUCCAACCUAUGGAUUAAUCUCGCAAAUGCCGCUCUAUGGCGACCUCGCAUCUAUCAACCUCGCCGACAACAUGACUUAUGCCCAGAACCGAAGUCUAGAAUUGGAGUCUGCAACAGUGGGCCUCUUCACUACAACUCUGCAGAACGGCAUCAAGAUCGAGAUCACUUCUAGUAACCAUACCGGAUUUAUGCGAUACACGUUUCCUCAACCAGAAGUCCCUUCAAGCAAUCUUUCCACUGUCAACGUUGAUUCAACGACGGUAGGAGCUCUUGCAGCCAACGAACACGAUGCGCAUAUCCUUGUGGACCUCACACAUGUGCUGCCAGCCUAUUCGUCGAUGGCCUACUCUCAGAAGUUCCUGCACGGCCAGCUACAUGUCGGGUCUUCCCCGGACGGGUUGCCGUCAUACCAUGGAUCAGCGACCUACACGGGCGGAUGGCCGCAGCCUGACUCGCACACUAUCCAUUUUUGUGGAAACUUUAGUGUGCCUGCGGGAUCUGUGCUGACUCCAACAUCGGACUAUGUCCAGGGAGAUACUUCCAGUAUUGCUCCUGGUGUUGGCACCUUCAGCUGGCAAUACAACCCUUAUUCGCCGCCGAGCUUCAAGGCUCGCCCGGUACCGCGCGCGUAUGCUGACGUUCGCUCCUACGCUGGGAGCGGAAUGGGCCUUGGCGCUCUUUUCAGCUGGUCCCCUCCGAAGGAGCGAAUCAACGGCACCCUUGCUCUUGAGGCCAAGUUGGGCAUUUCGUACAUCAGUGCUGUUCAAGCAUGUUCGCACGUGGAGAAAGAGCUUCCUGAUGCAAAGUCCUUCGAUGAUGUCGUUGAGCAAUCGAGAAAAGAGUGGGAAGAUAAGGUACUGAGCAAGAUACAGAUCGGAGACGAUGACCAUUCGACAAGUAACAACGAAACUUUGAAGAGGAUGCUUUACUCUGGGCUGUAUCAGACAGGUCUAAUGCCAACUGACAAAACCGGCGAAUGCCCUAAUUGGGAAUCAAAUGAGGCCAAGCCAUACUACGAUGACCACUAUACGCUGUGGGACACAUAUCGUACCCUUCUUCCCUUGUAUCAUCUGGUCUUCACGAAGCCGUACUCGCGCAUUCUUUCUGGACUCAUUUCUAUCUUCACCGAAGAGGGUUAUCUACCGGCUGGCCGUGCGGCGAACUGGAAUGGUCGCGUUCAGGGUGGCACGCACGCAGACAUGGUCUUAGCCGACGGCUUCGUCAAGAGCGUCCAUGCACUAUCCGGCGAGACAGGUCGCGGCGAACUCGACAGUGGCAUUGAUUGGCAGGAAGCUUACAAGGCAGUAAUGAAAGAUGCCAACGUGUUUCCUGAGCGCAACGUUGAUCCGGUUGUAUUCGACGGAGCCACCAAGGAAGGUCGAGGGGCCUUGGACGACUAUCUCUCUCUUCGCUUCAUCACGCGCAACCACACCCGUAGUGUUUCUCGUGGUGUCGAGUAUCCGCAGAACGACUUCGCAAUCUACAGCAUGGCAUCUGGGCUUAUGAAAUCUCAGGAAGACGUCGAUCAGAUGCGCGAACGAGCAGGCUGGUGGCAGAACCAAUGGAAUCCCACGGCGAACACAACCCUCAACGGUACCGGUACAUUCACUGGCUUCCCAGGGCCUAGGAACGCAGAUGGGACGUGGAACACUACUACUUACGACCCACUAAGCUGCGGAACAUGCGGUUGGGAUGCGGAUAUUUAUGAAGCCAAGGUUUGGGAGACGGCAUUCAGUGUCGCACCGCAUGACAUGGCCAAAGUCAUAGAUCUAAUGGGUGGCGACGAGGCUUUCGUUCGUCGACUGGACGCCUCUUUCAUUCCAGGCUUCGGAACGUCAGUUGGCGCAAACAACGAUGCCGGCUCCGCUCUCUUCAACCCUGGAAACGAACCGUCAUUCGCCACGCCGUUCCUCUACAACUACGUUCCCGGAAUGAACUGGAUGACAGUCAAUCGGACUCGAGCUAUCGUCGAUGAUUUUUACAGCGACGCUCGUAAUGGGUACCCGGGAAACAUCGAUGGCGGUGCUCUUCCUAGCUGGUUGGUCUUCAACCUCAUGGGCAUGUAUCCUGUGUCUGCUCAGCCGCUCUAUCUUCUGUCCGCACCUCGGUUCUCCUGGCUAAAGGUCUCGCUCUUCAGCGGAACGGCGGCAGAAACAUCGUUGACUAUUCGAGCACAGAAUCUAUCGAGCACAAGCUUUUACCCGCAGAAGGUCACCUGGAACGGACAGGAGUUGGACCGAGCUUGGUUGAAGCAUACUGAAAUUGCGGAGGGAGGUGAGCUGAUGUUCUACAUGGGCGAAGAGCCUAAGAAGUGGGAUGUUGGUGAGCGGCCAUGGUCACUAUCGACUUCAUCGUCGUAAAUAUGGCCGUAGAUUUUGUGGCUAUGUUGAUCGUAUUGUGUGAUGCGCGACUAUUACGAUAGUUCAUUAAGUGAAGAAGCGAAUCGGCUAGCACAACGUAGU